AUGGAUGAUUUAUGCGUUUCGAUGUUUUGCAAUGUCACGUAUCUUUUGUCAAUAUUUGAUUUUUAUGUUUUUGCUCGAUUCGAAAGUAAGAUCACACUCACGUACGACGUAUAUGUGAAAAAUUGGGUAUUGCUUAUCUUGCUGACGCUCUCCUUACCAAAGAUGGUCGAUUCCAACGAGCAAAGUCAUGCACUUCGCAUCUGUGAUAUAUCAGAGGAGUCUGAGGAGUCGACGUUAGCCAAUUCAAAUUAUGGGUGUAUACCAUUAGUUAGCCUUGAAACAGCUAUCGAACCUCUUGUUUUGCUCAUACCUCAAAUUAAACGUAUGACAUGGACAGUAAAGCAAAACUGUGCAAAUCCAUCCGAUGGUCUGUCACCAGACGAAUCCGCUUCGAUCAUGCUCUAUACUCUCGAGUGGCAACCACGAGAGGAUUCCUUUUAUAUCAUCUUGAACAAAACAAUGCGUAGCAGAAAUCCAUCUUUGCUAAAACCUUGGUUACUCUAUCUGAAACUGAUCAUUAUAGCUUUCUCAAAAAUACCAUUCGAAAAUCGUUACGUUUAUCGUGGAGUUAAACAAGAUGUGAGCACCAAUUAUCCUCCUGAGAAAACCUUUGUGUGGUGGUCAUUUUCUUCGUGUACAGCAUCAAUUCAUGUUCUCGAAAAGGAACACUUUUUAGGCAAAACAGGUGCGCGAACAUUAUUCACAAUCGAUUGUUACUCAGGUAAAAAUAUUCGGCAACAUUCGAUGUAUAAAACUGAAGAUGAAGUGUUAUUACCUGCCGCUUGUAAAUUCAAAGUUGUUUCAUGUAUGGAUGGAGGUAAUGGUUUGACUAUAAUUCACAUAAAAGAAAUCAAUUCACCAUACUCUCUUCUACAAUUACUGAUUAAACAUGCUGUAACCACAACAGAAUUAAAAUCCUUGUCGUUGUUGACAUCAAUGAAAAUGCAAAGUUAUGUCCCAUAUCAAAAUGAAACUCUCACUCAAGCUAUCCGUGAAAGUACAUCUCAAAAUUUGAAUUUGAGUGGAGAGCAAUUGAAUGAUCAAGAUAUGGAAAUAGUUGCCAAAGAGGGAAUCAUUAACAAACAGUGCAUAAUACUUAAUCUAAUGUACAAUCAAAUUACACGAAAAGGUGUUUCGACAUUAGUCAAUUCUUUAAAUCACAACGAAUGUUUGAAAGAAUUAAUUUUAUCGUAUAAUAAAGUAUCUAAUGAUGGUGUUCGCUUUCUAGUAACAACGCUAAGCAAGUGUGUUCUUGAACGAGUGGAUUUAUCGGAAAACGAUAUUUCUGAUGAAGGUGCGAAGUACUUAGCGGAUAUGCUCGAGAGUAAAACAGAUUUGAUCCAGCUAUCGUUAAGUGCAAAUCAAAUAGGAAAUUAUGGUGUGAACAUGUUGACUGAUGCUCUGCUGUGUAAUAACACGUGUCUCGAAUUGCUAAACCUCAGUGCAAAUGUGAACAUUACCGACGAUAGUAUCAGUUCGUUUAUUAACCUGAUCGAUCACCAUCAAUCGUUAAAGAAGCUUGAUCUGCGACACACUCGACUAUCGGAGAGUGGCCAAGCAAAACUGUACGCUGUAACUAAGUCAAAAAGACCACUUCAACUCUGGCUCGAUCGCGUCAUGUGA